ACCUUUUAUGCUGCAUUUUAAGUGAGCUGCAUGCUUAAUAUAAUACAGGCUCAAGAAUGGGUUGUUGGGUUCUAGUGCCUGUAUAGCUGUAUGUUUAAUCUGCACCGGCCAUGUGUGACGUGUCCUAUUGCUUCUGGUUAACAAAACUAGGUUUAUACUACAUCCAAAAAAACAAAACCACAGUAUCUGCACUAUUGCUAUCCCACUACAGCACCACCACCUUUGAAUUGGCUAAAUAUCCUUUAUUGAAAUUUGAGUGGUAUUUUAUUGCUCAUUUGCCUGCAUGUUUUGUACUUAUCAAUGUGGUUGGGCCUCUGCUUUUGUAAUCAGACAUAUGUAGCCAAAUCUGCCCCGGAUGUUAAACACUAUACAAGAUGAAUAUUCUGAUAUUCUACAUUAAUAAUUAAUAUGUCUGUAAUUCAAUCAAUAUUUUAAUACUAGAUAUUGUCUUAUACCAGUUAGAUGCUUUCAGUUUUUCUCGAUGAUAGUUAUUAUAUCCUAGCUUCAUGCCGUGUUCUUUGCUCCCAAUCAGUUGAAACUUGAACCAGCAAAAUAUUGCAUAGACGACUGAUGAGUCAGUCAACCGUGCAAGGCAUUAUGAAACAAGCAGAAAUUUUGUCUGAUGUGACAAGUGCUCACACUGAGUUAAGAACUACAGGUAGCCUGGGAACUUCCUCCUUGUCUCUGUAUGUCUCUGUCGCGUGCCAUUGGCUUCCUCCUCGCACGGUGUCACUGUCCCGCGUCCAAAGUCUCUUGUAUGUUAUACUAAGUCCCAACGUCUGCGUGUUUCUUAUGCCACUUGCCAUCAGACAAGGAGCUCUUUCAAACCUAGGCUUCACGGCGAACUCUGCGAAGAAGUUGGCGGCGAUGGAGAAGGUUUUCGUCGUGCUGCCGGCAGAGUUCAAGGCGGGGCAGUCCACGCUGUCGUGGGUUCUCGAUCAUUUCAGCGGCGGCAGAACCACGGUUGUGAUCACACAUGUGCAUGUCCCGCCACAGAUGAUUCCAGUGAUGGGAGUUAAAUUCCACUCUAGUAAACUGAGUCCGGAGCAAGUGAAACUGUUCAGAAGGAUCGAGUAUGAGAAGGUGGACAAACAGCUAGAUGGCUAUGUUCAUCAGUGCUCAAAAAUGAAGGUCAAAUGUGAGAAACUAGUUUUUGAGAAGGAAGACGAUGUAGCUGGUCUGAUUGAACUCAUUGUCUUGCAUAAGGUCACUAAGCUAAUUAUUUCAGGUGCUGCAGACAGGCAAUAUUCAAGAAAAAUGGACAAACCUAAAAGUAAGACAGCAACAGAAAUUAUGCAGAGAGCUGAUCCAUCAUGCAAGAUUUGGUGUGUUUGCAAGGGACAACUAAUCUGUACCAGGGGUGAGGAAGAGGAGAUUGCACCAUCAGCCACACCUUUUGUCCCUGAUUUUGAUCACCAAGCUCUGCAGUUAGUACCUUACCAGAAAGAGGACGACGUUAAGUCGGAGUUGGGGUUAUACGAUGAGCUUAAAGAGGCAUGCAUAGCAGCUGAGAACUUGAUGAAGAGAGCCCUAAACGAAUCUUCCAGGCGCCAAAAGGCAGAUGGAGAAGUGGCCUCUGCUCUUCAGAAAGCAAAGGAAUACCAGGAGCUGUACUUAGAGGAGACGAGAAAGCGUGAAGAGCUUGAAGGAGCUCUUGCGAGAGCACACCGAGAGAUCGCUCGGUUAAGGCAAGCAAACCAGGUACUACCCCUGGAUGAGCAAAACAAAGCAACAGACGAACUCCAAGAGGCAAUGUCAGAGAGAUCAUCCCUGGAAGGCCACAUCUUCAACAUGGAUGCCGUUUUCGGAACAGCCGCCGGUCAAGCAACUGAGCAACAGCAGAAGGAGCAUGUCCAGAUACAAUUCGAUCUCGGCACCGGUGAAAAGGACCUGGAACUGGAACUGGAACUCGAAGCGCUGCUCAACCAGAGCAAGCUGGCCGCGUUCUCGCCGUCGUCCGUCAUUCAGUCGCCGUACGAGUUCGACGAAGAUCGCGUCCCGUCCUACUUCCUCUGCCCGAUCCUUCAGGUGAGUGCCUGCCUGGGCCUGCAUCCUCCUCCUCUCAGCAGUCAGUACAGUGCAUGGCGCUCUGCAAGACGGUUAGUUUUUUGUGAACAUGUUCUCCGCGAAAUCGAAUCGAUUCUUGCAGGAGGCCAUGAGGGAUCCCCACGUCGCGGCAGACGGGUUCACGUACGAAGGCGACGCCAUCAGAGGCUGGCUGGACGGCGGGAACGACGCGUCCCCCGUGACCGGGCAGCCGCUCGCGCACCGGGAGCUGGCACCCAAUCUCGCGCUUGCUGCCGUGAUCCAAGAUUACACGGUGAUGAUGAUGAAGAAGCGGCGGCAGUACCGAUUCGGCGAUUCGCAUGACAACACCGUUGCUGCACUUCAGUUUCUUUCCUCUCCUGUGGGCAGUGAGCGGUGAGCUGCGCUUGCCAGAAUGGCCAGGCAUAGAUCACGCCGCGCCCAUUUGCAGGUUCGUGUACAGUUUGUGGCUUUGUGCGUACAAGCCUAUAUUGGUGGUGGAAUAAGACCUUGUUUAGUUCUAAAAAAAUUUUCAAGAUUCUUCGGCACAUCAAA